AAGAUGAUGCAGGCACUGUGACAGGAAGAGUUUAACGCCUUUUUUAUGAUUUAUUGUCGUUAUUUUAGCAUUUCAGAUAGGAAUAACCCAUAUUUUAAACGUUUGAUAAAUAAGUGAAGUGAAGGAAAACUAAAACCAUGGUCAAAAAUGAUCCAGAAAAGAUCCGUUUUGCCUUGGACAACGGCGCAAAAAUGUACACCAUCACGUCGGAAAGUAUGUCCUCAGGUGAGAUGAAGGAUAGUAAGCACUGUCACGAUAACAGCCGUGCCCUGGAGGACCGAGAGCGUGAAAAAAAGCUUGCCAAGAAACGCCUAUACAUUGUUUCAGUAGUGUGUCUGGUCUUCAUGGUGGGCGAGAUCUUAGGUGGGUAUUUUGCUGGGAGUCUGGCAGUGAUGACAGAUGCCGCACACCUGCUCGUGGACCUCACCAGCUUCAUCAUCAGUUUGUGCUCGUUGUGGCUGUCGUCCAGACCUGCUACACACACUCUCAAUUAUGGCUGGCAUCGAUCAGAAAUCUUGGGUGCUCUGCUAUCUGUCUUCACCAUUUGGCUGGUGACUGGUGUGCUGGUGUAUCUGGCAGUGGAACGGCUCAUUCAUGAUGACUUCACUAUUGAGGGCACAGUCAUGCUCAUUACUUCUGGCUGUGCUGUACUGGCCAACAUUAUAAUGGCCUUCACUCUGCAUCAGUCAGGUCAUGGCCAUAGUCACGGUGGUCUGAGCGGUGGCCACAGCCACAGUCACGACCAUAGGAAUAAAAACGGCCACAGCAAUUCUAACGCUAAUCAUUAUGAUGUCGAGGAGCAUGGGUCUGGUAAAAGACAACAAGCUAAUGCUAGCGUCAGGGCAGCAUUUGUCCAUGUUAUUGGAGACCUUCUACAGAGUGUCAGUGUGCUUGUCAGUGCUCUCGUCAUCUUUUUUAAGCCCGAAUAUAAAAUUGCAGAUCCCAUCUGCACCUUCCUGUUUUCUCUGUUUGUCCUGGGAACCACACUCACCAUCAUGAGGGACAUUAUUAUUGUUUUAAUGGAAGGUACGCCGGCUGGUGUGAACUAUAAUGAGGUGAGGGAACAACUGCUCAGAGUAAAGGGUGUCAAAGCUGUGCACAACCUUCACAUCUGGGCCUUGACAAUGAACCAGGCUGUGCUCUCUGCUCAUGUGGCUAUAGAUGAUACCGUAGAGCCACAGGCGGUGUUGAGAGAAAUGACCCAGACCUGUUUCACCUCAUACAGUUUCCAUUCAGUAACCAUUCAACUGGAGCAUCAGGCGGACCAAAGGGCUGACUGUAGCCUCUGUCAAGACCCCACAAAGUGAAACACCCAGAGACUUUUAUAUUAAAGAAUGACCCUGGUCCAAAGGGACAAAAGAUAAUAAUUUCAUAAGUUUUAUUUUCAAAAUCAGGUCUUUUUGGAUUUCAGACACCUCUGUUCUUGUGUGUUUUUUCACUAAUUUGGAUUUAAAGGGAUGGUUACCCAAAAAUGAAAAUUUUCUAACCUGUAUGAUUGCUCUUAUUUUUUUU